AUGGCACUCACCAUUUUUUUGCCAGCUCCAACCCAUUUGUCCCGGGAUCAGCUAGAACUAGAAGAAAGAGCAGGAGCUCAGAGAUCCAGGCAGACUGCUCUGGUCUCCUCACAAAGGGCACCUCCCCCAUAUGGUUACCGGAAAGGAUGGAUACCACAGGCCCUAGAGGAUUUUGGAGAUGGGGGUGCCUUCCCAGAAAUUCAUGUGGCCCAAUAUCCAUUGGAUAUGGGCCAAAAGAAGAAAAUUUCCAAUGCUUUGGCUCUUCAGGUGGAUGCAGAAGGAAAAAUAAAAUAUGAUGCAAUUGCUCGACAAGGACAGUCAAAGGACAAGGUUAUUUACAGCAAGUACACAGAUCUUGUGCCAAAAGAGAUCAUGAACGUGGAUCAUCCUGAACUGCAAAGACCAGAUGAGAACACAGUUAGAGAAAUAACAAAGAAGACAAGAGAAACCUUGGAGAAGUUAGUCUCCCAGAAAGUUGCAGCAGCCAUGCCAGUUGGAGCUGCAGAGAAGGCAGCUCCUGCACAGUAAUCUCAGCAAGGAGCUGCAUUCAACUCUGGAGCAAGGCAGAGAGUGAUUCGGGUGGUGGAAAUGCAAAAGGAGCUUUUGGAGCCUCCAAGAUUCAAAAGCAACAAGAAGAUUCCGCGAGGACCACCGUCUCCUCCAGCACCUGUAAUGCACUCUCCAAGUAGAAAGAUGACUGUGAAAGAGCAGCAAGAGUGGAAAAUCCCUCCGUGCAUUUCAAACUGGAAAAAUGUGAAGGGUUACACCGUUCCCUUGGAUAAGCGUCUGGCUGCAGAUGGCAGAGGAUUGCAGACUGUUCAUAUUAAUGAGAACUUUGCCAAACUUGCUGAGGCGCUCUAUAUUGCUGACAGAAAGGCUCGUGAGGCAGUAGAGAUGCGAGCCCAGGUGGAGAGGAAGAUGGCUCAGAAAGAAAAAGAGAAACAUGAGGAAAAGCUCAGAGAAAUGGCUCAGAAAGCCAGGGAGAGAAGAGCAGGGAUCAAAACCUGUGUUGAAAAAGAGGAGGGAGAAGCUCGAGGAAGAGAUGAGAUCAGACAUGACCAGCGCAAAGAGAGACAGCACGACAGAAAUCUCUCCUGGGCAGCUCCUGAUAAAAGGUCAAAGCUGCAGAGAAAUGAGAAGAGAGAUAUCAGUGAAGUUAUUGCCCUGGGGAUGCCCAUCCGAAGGCCAUCCAACGAAAUCCAAUAUGACCAGAGGCUGUUCAACCAGAGCAAGGGAAUGGACAGUGGCUUUGCUGGAGGAGAGGAUGACAUCUAUAAUGUUUAUGACCAGCCAUGGAGAAGUGGCAAGGAUAUGGCCCAAAACAUCUACAGGCCAAGUAAAAAUAUGGAUAAGGAUAUAUAUGGGGAUGAUCUAGAGGCUCGAAUAAAGACCAACAGGUUUGUUCCUGACAAAGGGUUUUCUAACUUGGAUCAUAACAGCAGUGGCAGGAGCAGAGAUGGACCAGUGCAAUUUGAGGAGGAUCCAUUUGGUUUGGACAAGUUUCUGGAAGAAGCCAAGCAACACAGUGGUUCUAAACAGCCAUCAGACAGCAGCUGCCCUAAGGAACAUGAGCUUCAGAGCAAAAAGAGAAGGAAGGACUGAAUGUGCU